AUGGCUUUCGGCAAGAAAAAGGAGACUGAUCCAGCCAAACUGGCGGCCAAGGAGCAGAAGGCACGUGAGAAGGCGGAGAAGGCUGAGCAGAAAGCCGGACGACGGGCUCUCAAGGCAUCUUCAUCGGGUCGUAUCGUCUCCUCAGGUCGCGGUGGCGCUGGAAACAUCCGACGACGUUCGCUCACCUCACCUGUCUCGCCCAUCUCGCCGAGCAACACAUCGCUGAGGGUUAGUGACAAUUCGCGCUUGUCGCCGCUUGGAAGGGAGACAUCAAUUGUCUCUUCCGCCACGGGGUCCUCUGGCAGUUCAAUGAGCGCGUCAAGUGUAUACGUACAACCUUAUGAGGAUCCGAUAUCACCGGCUCGAGGAAGAGAAGCUCGACCUGACCCUCGAAAGAAAGUCAGAGUAUCCGGGCGAGGCGGCGCCGGCAACAUAAGGGGAACAAAGAUGUAUCAGCAUCUUCAAGCUGACCUCGAUGCCAAUCAUAAUCCUCAGACCGCAUCCAUCCUUCGUGAAUACGAGGAGGCCGUGCGUCAACGCGAACGGCGACUUAUCGCCGCCAGUGCCGAAAACCGUCUUGUUGGGACCGGCGGUCGAGGAGGUAUCGGCAACAUGUUGGCUGCCCGUAAAAAGGUCAAAGCAGCACCUUCCAAUGCCAGUUCCAUCUCUACAAAAUCGCGCAAGAGUAUUCUGUCGAGCCUUUCCAGUCGCAGAGCGUCAUCAGUUGCGCUCGACAUCUCAGCUUCUAGUUCGCCGACAGAUCCAUCGACCUCGUCGGUCAACGUUACAUCACCCGUCGACGAAGCGAUUCCACCCAUUCCUGAUCUUCCCGGAUUCGUCCAAGGUUCUUCCCGGGUUCCAUCUCAUCCUGCAACAAUAGACAGUAAACGUUCCCGUGCCGCCCCCCCUAUGCCGACCCGCGCCCCUCCACCUCUCCCCUCGAGUAACAAUCUCACUCCCUCCCGGCCGGCAUCCUCGCCGCCCAAGUAUCUAAACCCGGUGCCUUCGUCUGCCGAGGUUAUCCCGGGUGCUAACGCCGACUUUGAUGCCGACCUUGCCCUCGACGAGGAAAUUCUACAACACUCACGUAUGGCUUCCUCGGCCAAUUCGCCGUCGAGCCCUUGGUCAGAAUCCAAUCCUGCGCUCGGGGAACCGAGCGAGUCGCCUUCGCCUAUUCGGCGCAAGCUUCCAGUUGUUCCACAAUCCCCCUCUCAUCUUUCCCCGCCGUCGUCCCUCGCUCGACGCAACUCUCGCGAGUCCGGUCGGCGAAGCCGGAACCUCAUUGAGGAGCGUAAGCGCGAGCGCCGCUUGUGGGAGCGCCUCCAUCACGUCAAGCUCUCCGCGCCGGCGCACGCUCCGGGCUCCGAUGACCAAGAGAACGAGCUCGACGAUGAAUACGACCCCGUCGCCCUCAUCGGAGCCUACGCAGACCCUCCUGCUUCGACCGAUUCCGUGGCCAUAUGGCUUCAGGAGCGGCAUCGACAACACGUCGAAGCUCUGCAAUCUGGCGCUUCGCCUGUUCCGCGCAUCUACGUGCAAGCGGCCGACGCCCACUCCUCGCACGGUGUGCGACGCAGUGAACGAAGGCCGCUUGCCGCUAUAGACGAGCUGCACGAGUCCAUCUCCCUCAUGGAGAUGUUUUGA